ACACACCACCACCGCCACUCUUCCACAUUGCUCGUAACAUGGCGUUGACUCGCCGAGGGACACGACGGCUCUUGCACCCGCGCUGCUGUUAUUGUUGUUUUUGGGACUACUAGAAAAGCGUGGGAGUAGGGUGGCGGGUUGGGGGGCUUUAGCGUGGGGUGAGAGAUUUUGCCCCCCCCACCCCGAAAAAAAAACACCCGCGCAGACAAUAGCAGGCUGACCACCCGUGGGCAAAAAGAAAAUGCAUGGCAUGUGGCUGUGACGGUCUAGCCUGGCGUGUAGACACGGACGAGGAGACCCACGCUACCCGACUGGUGGACCCCCCUCCCCACCAAAAGGCUGUACAUGGCGGUGGAGCGCACCCCUUGGCUCAUCUGUGUGCUUUUGCUCUUUUGCGCUCCAUCCAAGCAAGAUAAGCCUGUUUCGGUGGAGCUGAGCUGCGGGGCCGGACCCAGCCAUGUAGUGUUGGAGCCGGGUUCCCCCCUCAAGCUGGACUGUAAUCUGGGGGCCAGCGACACGCCACUCAACAUCACCUGGCUGCAUGAGGGCCAACCCCUUCCUCCGGAGGGGAGCGACGCGCAGCGGUAUCUCGCUGACCGCUCCCUCUUCCUGCUGCUAUCCUCCAAGGAUGGCGCGUCCCCUCAGGCUCUGGAGGGAGGCUACAGCUGCGUGAGCGCCAACGCACAUGGAGCCUUGACCAGCCGGACUGUCAAUGUGCUGCUGGCGAGUCUGUCCUCCUUCCGUCAGGAGCCUUCACCUCAGACGGUACCCGCUGGGGGGGCUGCUCGCUUCGAGUGCCAGAUCGAUGGCGUGCCCACACCUGUAAUUACUUGGGAAAAGGACAAAGUCGCUGUCCCCCAGGACCCAAGCAGGUUCAUUUCCCUUCCAAUCGGCGUGCUCCAGAUUCUGGAGGUGACCAGAGAGGAUGAGGGCGCCUACCGCUGUGUUGCAUCCAACUCUGCCCGGAGGGACAUCAGUCACGAGGCGCGGCUCACUGUCACCGCAGGCUCUGCAGGAGACCUGAACAGAGUUCUGAUUGUAGCACCGCCUCAGAAUGCAACGGCGCUGUUCGGCCGUCCAGCCGUGAUGGAGUGCAUGGCGCAGGGCCAGCCCAAGCCACUGGUGUCCUGGAGCAGACUAGAUGGGAAGCCCAUUUCCACAGACGUGGUUGUCCUCGCUACGAACCUGCUCAUCAGAGCCACGAGGCGCCACCACCGGGGCAUCUAUGUCUGCAGGGCCAACAAGCCUCGCACCAGAGAGUUCGUUACCGCCGCUGCUGAGCUGCAUGUGCCUGCCCCUCCAGUCAUUCUUCAGCCCCCAGAGACGGUGUCUGUCUCCCGAGGAAACACGGCCAGGUUUGUGUGUAACAGCUCAGGGGAUCCCACCCCGGUGUUGCACUGGUUGAAGAACGGCAAGCCAAUCCGCUCCUUGCGUCGUACCAAAACCCAAAACCCUGGCGUCCUUCUCAUCAACCACCUAGCCCUGGAGGACGCUGGCUACUACCAGUGCAUCGCCGACAACGGCCUGGGCACCGCCUGCGCCACCGCCAAACUCACUGUCAUUGUGAGGGAGGGCCUCCCCAGCCGGCCUCGACGUCUCUCGGUCGCCCCUUACUCCAGCACCACUGCUCUCCUCACGUGGGACAAACCAGAGUACAACUCAGACCGAAUCAUUGGCUACUCGGUGCACUGCCAGCGGGCUGCAGGUUCAGACAACGUGGAAUAUCAGUUUGCGAUGAACAACGACACAACGGAGUAUCACGUCAAGGAUCUUCUCCCCCACACCGCCUACACCUUCUUUGUGGUGGCCUACUCUCCCAUGGGAGCCAGUCGCCCGUCACUGCCCGUUACUGUCGACAUGCUCGAGGAUGUGCCUAGCGCGCCCCCUCAGCUGUCAAUUGCCAGCACGUCACCGACAGACAUUAGGUUGAUGUGGCAUCCGUUGUCCUCGCAGCACAGUCGAGGGGCUGUUACCAGCUACCGUAUCGAGUACAGCUCUCUGGAUAAUGUGGAUACUGUCUUCUCGGUGGAGGUGGGCGGUAAUGAGACCCAGUUUACGCUCAGGGAGUUGCAGCCCAACCAGGCGUACAGAUUGAGAAUAGCAGCUGGAACAGGUGUCGGCUUCGGGGUCCCGUCCGAGUGGGCUCAGCACCAGACGCUGGCCCACUACAACCACACCAGCCAUCGCAUGGUGAUGUUUGCUCCCACUGAGCUGAAGGUGCGAGCGCAAGUGAGCACACUCAACAUCACGUGGCAGCCCUCGCCCAAUCACACGGUCGUCUCCGGGUACAAGCUGUCCUGCCGAGAGGUGGACGCCGACGUGGAGAAGAUGACGCAGACUCACCUGGUCAGGCUCCGCAAAAAAGCCAGAUACCAUCUCCUCACUGGGCUUGUCCCAGACCAUCUAUAUGAGGUGAGAGUCUGGGCAUUCAACAAGCAGGCCGAUGGCUCCGCUGCAGUGUGGAAAGGAAGGACCGAAAAGGCUAGUAAAGCAUCUUCGCUACCCAUGCGGCCGCCCCCUUUACCACCGAGCAGUAUUCAGGCCGCAGCCAACAGCUCCACGUCGAUCCGGCUCCGCUGGGAGAAACCUCGCUUCAGCACGGUGCGCAUCAUCAACUACACGGUGCGCUGCAGCCCGGCCGGAACCACCAACGCCUCUCUGGUCACGUACCAUACCAGUGCCGCUCAGGAGAUCCUGAUCGGGGCGCUGAAGCCCUUCACACGCUACGAGCUGGCGGUACAGUCCAACGGCAUGGAUGCGGUGGGGCCCUUCAGCGGCACCGUGGAAGAGUCCACAUUCGCCGACCGGCCUUCAUCAGCACCGCAGGAGCUGCGCCUGAGCACCAUCAAUUCGUCAUCAGUACUGGUGAGCUGGCGCCCUCCGCUGGAGCCAAACGGUGUCAUCGUGGGCUACAGGAUCUUGUUCAGCAGUAACUUGAGCCAACCCGAACACACGUGGAGGAACCUCUCUCAGGAUGGCAGCAUCACCAAUGUUGAGGUGCGGGGCUUAACCAGUGGCACCCAUUACUUUUUCAAGUUGGGGGCAUCGACAGAGGUGGGAGCCGGGCCUUAUUCGCUCAUAAAGGACAUUCAAACACCCCCUGACCAAUACGAGUUGGACAUCCAUGCAGUGACAGGCAUCAUCGUUGGAGUGUGCCUGGGGCUCAUAUGCAUGCUCCUCUGCAUGUGUUUCAGUUUCCGCAACACUAAGACCAGAGGGACACCUGGCGGCCUAGACUCCACAGCUGCGACCGCCCAGUACAGAAGAGGGGGCUACCCCAGUCCCACCCAUGUGCCAGAGUGCAGUGAUUGCCACGAGCUGGAGACGCUCAUGCCCUCCAGCGGGCAAGAGUUCGGCCACUCGUCCGCAGAAACCCCCGAGGGGCAGAGCCUGAUAGUGAGCGGCGACACCUGGGAGGGUGGGGGCGCCCUGGCACCUGAAGCCAAGGCUGCUUGGAACGGCUCCAUCAGUCAUAACUGGGCCAACAGAAUCACCAGAUACAGAGACACCGUCACUGAAGGCUCGACUGGAUUCAUCGCUGGGGAACUCAGCGUGACAAGCAACGCGGAUUGUCAGAACGCAUCCCCGUCCAGUAACCAGGUAGAGGCCGAGGUCAUCGUCCACUUGGAGCUGUCCGAAAUGAUCACCGGGAAGGCCAAGUUUGACUGCGGGCGGGCCAAGGACUCCAAAGCUACUCGCGGCCUCUCGUUAGGACCGACCGAGGAGAACCCUCCCACUGAACAAUCGCUAGACUUGAUCCAGCAGAAUAUUCCCUCGACAGGUCCGGUGGCCAACCACAACGGGAAACCAGAGGAUGGCGCGGCUGAGGCGGUUUGCGCCGACCCAAGGCAGGACUCGGGGCUGACCAACGGCUUCCACUCCCCUAAGACGCCACGACCUGCGCCCAAAUCUGGGGAAAACGGGGACGUUGGACGCUGCCCUUCAGCACAAUCCAAGACCAAGUCUGCCGGUCUUACCCCCGUUCCUUUUGUCACUUCAGGCCUGGUCCGCCCUACCUCAGUAGCACACAGUUACUUGUGCCCGUAGUCUCUGCUUGUCAGGCUCGAGCAAACUGAGACAUUCUUACCAGGGAUGAUUGUGUAAAUGCGCCUCAUUGUCGGAUUUCUUUUGUACUUUGAAUCCAUGCUUUCAUACAUAUGUAAAUACAUGACUGUCUAUUUUUAGAGGCCGAGUGCCUGUUUUUGGGGUAUGCAUUGCAACCAUACAUUCCUCUGGGCUGCGAAAGCAAAAAGAUUCAGUGCAGACCUCUCGAUGCCAGACCUAAGACGGCAACCAAAAUGGUAGGCACCAGUCCAGUGGAUCAAGGUGAGGAUCCAAACCCAAUUUUAAGAAUGUUUAGCACCCGUGUCUCUCUCUCUCUCUAGCCUCACGCUGUCUCAGGGUCACCGACACAUCACUGCAAUGCGUGCCAUUCUAUCUCAGCUGUUCACACACGAAAACCAGACACAUUUUGGAAUGUGACGUUGCCGUACUAUGACUGCAUAACACUUUGAAUUCAAAUGAGCCAUUGAGAGCUAGAAUGGGCUAAUUCUGUUUCUGUCAUUUUGCAGGACAGUGAUUUAAAACUUUUACGGCUGCAGUAAAACCUUGGAUAUUUUUAUGGCAAUGGUUACUUCGUGCUGGUCGACUGGCUAGCACAUCUCACUCACAGUGCAGAGGUGGAGGGUUCGAUUCCGGCUCCGGCCUUCCUGUGUGGAGUUGCAUGUUCUCCCCAUGCC